GUCACAGGAAAGGACAUGACAAUUCUGAUGAUGUUGGGAAAUCUAUAAGCAAAACAGCGAUUUUCUCUAAAUAUAUAACUUUAGAAUACCGUAAGUAACAAGUUGACAACACCAUAUUGCUAUUAUUCUAUGACAAUACAUCUUUAAGUGUGGGGUUUACUCAAACGUUUCAUGUUAUAUUCGACGGGAUAGUCAAAGUUUAUGAGCCCUUAUGCGUUCUGCGUGGAUAGUGCGCGUGAGGCGCAAGGAGGGCGCGGUGGCGCGUGAUUCACUGUCGAUCGCGGAGUUUUCGGUAGUGCCGCUAAGGUUACAUGGAGAAGUGGGAAACUAUUUGAUCGAAGAUGUCAAAUGCGGAACAGGAGGUAGAACCCGUCCCGGUGGCGGUGGGUAACGGAGUUGACACGAGUCGCCGUUACCGGAGAAAGCUCUCAGCAGAUGACCACAAGCAUCAUCACCAUGAUCCGGUAAAAAUUGAGACUAUCACCCGAAGUAGAAAAAUGGAGAGGUCAUUCUCCAGAGAAGCUGGCAGUGUAAGGGGAACCAUGUCAACGUCUGAAGACAGCUUCCCAACAGCUCUACCCAUGUUGCUGGCCAUCGUGGAGGGGCCCGACAGGCACCCUGCAGACGAGGGGUCUCAGGAAGUGCUGCGGGGGAAACUCUGCCUUCUGGAGGCCGACAGCGCGGAGGUCAACGCUCUCUUUACGGAACUCUCUGCCAGGCUGGUCACCAUCAACAGUGAAGAAAACGUUAUAUUCGUCGCAUUCAAAACAUUCGAAGAGAUAUGGAAGUUCACCACAUAUUACACAAUGGGCUUUCUGGGUCAGUGCAUGGAGAACCUGCUCCUAGACCAGGAUUUCUGGUUGAGCUCUAUGGACCAGAAGAACGUGGGCAUAGAGAUCUCUAUCCAAGAGGACACUCUCAACCUAAUGUACAAAGGCAUUCUCAUGCAAGAGGGUUCCUUCUUCGCCAGCUGCAGUUCCACCCAGAUGUUUGACAGCUCCACCUCUGGUAGUGACCUCUACCUGGAGCAGGGGGACAUAGCCCUGUUCGAGCCCCCGUUCUUGGGGUCGGGGUGGACUGUACUGUCCCUGGGGGAUGGGGCCCGGGGGACCAAGCCCAAACCAGCCCUGGAGCCCGUCAUACCCUUCCACCAAUGGUUCUUGAAAUCCUGUGCGGAGAACAUCUUAGUUGGUAGUGGCAAGCCAGCAUGUGACUUCCUCUACCAGUUUGCCACAGGCUCCUGCAUUGCCACUGUGGAGUAUGACGCAGGAGGACCAGAUGAGCUGAGCCUGGAGCAGGGUGAUCACAUCCUCAUUGUGGGCCUGUUGGUGUCUUGCUUCGAUUGGUUCACUGGCAGGCUGGAGAGGACAGGAGAGGUGGGACUGGUGAUGACAACACUGGUCAAGCCAGCUGAUGAUACCCUUUGUGAGUCGGCGGACAUAUUCCUAGACCAAGAAGAAAGGUUAUUUUUUUACCUGAAAGAAGAGCAGAUCAAAGAAGAAACUAUUGCCUUGCUGAAGAAAAUCUCCCAGAAUGAUGUUGGAUCCGUCUACAAACUUGAUCUGAUUGAUCAACCAGAUUCUCCAAAGGAACCAACUCAAAAUGGUUCCCAAGGAAACAUGGAUGCUCACCAACAAGCAGAACUGAAGAGGAAGAUAGAAGAGAUUCUACAAGAAAAGAAGGAGAAAGUGCCUUGUGCGACUGGGAUGACAAACGGAUCUCUGGAGGACCACAGUGUGUCCUCUAAGACUACAUUACCCAGUGGGCCUCACUUCACCGUCCACCCAGUAGAGGAAGGCACCAUCACCAACCAAGAGAAACUCCUUCCUCUUCUAUCCUUUCUGGGCGGCUCUGACUACAAGCCAGAUUUUGGCACCCUCUACGGACAAACCCCAGAACUGCUCCUUGCCACUUUCAACGGCCACUCGGACGACAUUGACGAAUUGGUGGCAUACUUAGGCAUAGCCAGGGAAACGGCCAGGAAGAAGCGUCUCCAUUGGUCGCAGAGCCGCCUCUGUUUGCUUUUGGGGAAACUCUGCGCGGGAAGUUCAAAAUUCUCCCAAGCUCGAGUCUACUUCGAGGAGGCCCUCAGCAUCCCUCGAGAUGGAUUCACGGAUAUGCUAAUGCUAGCUAACAUCUACGUAAACCUAGCUGUGAUCUAUCUCAUGCAAAAAAACACAGAGAAGUACUUUGCUUUGUCAGAGCGGAUUGCUGCAUUGCUUAUGGGUAUCCCUGACUGCGCCUCUACUGUAGAAAAAGACUCUGAAGUUCUCAAGUUCAUCCUGAAGAAAGCGGUUCUCGCUCAUAACAAGAUGGCUGAAGCACGUGCUUGUUUCCUUCUAGCAAAGCUCCACUGGAGGCGAGGCGAGGGGGCGGAUGCUGUCCCGUUCUUGGAGAGACUUCUGGUUCUCUCGGCAGAGCCAGCAGGUGUCCGGAGCAUCAGGCCCAGUCACGGCUACCUGAGCCUGGGGAGACUGUACAGCCAGCUCUCCCUCCCCCAUCUCUGUGUCAGCUCAGCCAGGAGAGCCACAAUGCAUCCGUCCGCUAGGCUAGCCGAUUGUCUGAAUGGAAUGGGGCUAGUUCUGGAGAACACAACCAGACUCUAUGGGAUCCGGAAGCAGGAAGACACCAUUCCAGCUCAAGUGGCUCUGUAUCUGAGCCGGUCGCUCUCUUUCACUGGGGAAUUAGCUGGAGUCGGUGGCAAUGGUGACCACACUCUAAGCCAGGCACUCACACUCUGUCUAUCCCAACUGUUUCAGAAACACGGGAAAUUAGGACGCGCGGUGCGCUCCAUGCACACUCUCAUAGACAAUCAUUGCGGGCCGUCAUCAUCAUCGGGCGCCACUAACAGCCCUGAACGCAUCAGCGCCCUCGUGUGGCUAGCCUGGCUGCACAUCUGUGACAGCCAACCGGAGGUAUCACUAGAUGUUCUAGACUCAGUGCUAGCCUCCAUGCCAGAACACUGCACUACUCCACAGGAAGGAUUGGUCCACAACAUGAGGGGUGUGGCCCUUCGAUGCACGGGAGACCUGCGGAGGGCGGCAGAAAGCUACCAGGCGGCCAUUUAUGUGUGUGAGGAGUUUGAGGACAGGGCCAACUGGGCGGUCGCGCAGGCUAACCUGGGGUUGCUGAGUCUGAAGGCUGGGGCUAAGGGUCUGGCGGAGAGGCAUCUCACGGAAGCCGUGGAGCUGUUCUCAGAGCUGGGUGGAGAGGAGCAUGAGGUGAACUUUAUAACAGUGCUGCUGGAGCUGGGACAACACUGUGUGAACCAGAGAUUCCUGGAAAGAGGGAAGAUCUACUUUGAGUGGGCUCUGCUGAUGGCCAUUAAGUCAAACCAUUUAGACAGUCAGUUAAGUGCGACGCGGCGUCUGUGCCACCUGUACGGAGCUGUAUGUUCUGACGAAGCUCAGUGCAUAAUCUACAACGAACAUCAGCUUGCCAUACUGGCGACCCGGGGAGACAGGGGACAGGAGGGGGAGGUGCUGGAGACCAUCAGCCAGCUAUACCUCAGUCUGGGGACAGAGAGGGCUAGGCGGUCGGCUCUGGACUACACCAAGCGUAGCCUGGGUAUCUUUAUCGACCUGGGCCGGAAGGAAAAGGAGGCAUAUGCCUGGCUGCAGGCUGGGAAGAUAUACCAAAUGCUGGGCCAAACCGAACUGGUGGACCUCUAUGUACAGGUGGCCCAAGAUGUGGGCCUGAGUACAGGAGACACACACUUUAUCCUACAGCUGCUGGAGGCAGUAGGGGAUGUCUUCUUCAACCUCAACCAGGAGAGAGAGAAGGCUGUCUGCUUCUAUAGGGACCGUGCCCUGCCCAUCGCUGUGAGGACCAGCAGUACAGAGGCCAGACUAAGGCUGUCUAACAAGCUGGUGGAGCUGCUACUGCAACUGAAGCUGUAUGGGGAGGCCGUGGAGUACGCCCAGGCCGCCCUUGACAUCAGUGUUACAUUGGGAAAUCGUCUAAAUGAGCGCGUGGCCUUCCACCGGUUGGCCACCCUGUACCACUGUCUGGGUCAGUUUGAACUGGCUGAACACUACUACCUGAAGACCCUCUCCCUCUGCCCCACGCCCUUGGAGUUUGAUGAGGAAACCCUGUACUACGUACGAGUCUAUCAGACGCUAGGGGACAUCAUCUUCUAUGACCUGAAGGACCCCUACGAUGCCGCGGGGUACUACCACCUGGCGCUGGCAGCAGCCAUGGACCUCGGCAACAAGAAGUCCCAGCUCCAGCUUUGCACACGAUUGGCUACGAUCUACCACAACUUUCUGGUUGACCGGGAGCUCUCACUCUUCUUCUACCAGAAAGCGCGAGCGUUCGCCUCAGACCUCAAUGUACGCCGCAUCAACCUCUCGCCCGACCAGAACUUCAGUAGUAUGUCACAGUACAAGUCCACUUGAAUAUGUUCCAUAUUGACUGACCUUCAUGUCUUUAAGUAAUGAUGGAGUGUCAUAACAUGGACUUGGUAUUUUACCAAAUAGGGCUAUCUUCUGUAUACCACCUCUACCUUGUCACAGCACAACUGAUGGGCUCAAACGCAUUAAGAAGGAAAGAAAUUCCACAAAUUAACUUUUUACAAAGCACACCUGUUAAUUGAAAUGCAUUCCAGGUGACUACCUCGUGAAGCUGUUUGAGAGAAUGCCAAGAGUGUGCAAAGCUGUCAUCAAGGCAAAGGGUGGCUACUUUGAAGAAUCUCAAAUAUAAAAUAUAUUUUGAUUUGUUUAACACUUUUUUGGUUACUACAUGAUUCCAUAUGGGCUAUUUCAUAGUUUUGAUGUCUUCACUAUUAUUCUGUAAUGUAGAAAAUAGUAAGAAAAUAAAGAAAAACCCUUGAAUGAGUAGGUGUGUCCAAACCUUUGACUGGUACUGUAUAUGUAAUAAAAGUAAUAUAAGAGAAGAUAACGGGAGUAUGGAGGUCCAGUUGUUAAAGGUUAUAGUGGCGUGAAUGUCUUUUGUGAGAGUAAAAAUAAUAUGGACGGCACACCUGGAACCCUAUCCACAAAUAGUGCUAAAUCUUUGAGCAGUGGUGAGGGUGCUUCGGUAAAUACAAGCCAGAUGGAACGCUUCUCUGGCUUCUCCAGAUGGUGUAGAAAAUAAGGGAGAAAGACAUGGAGAGGGAGAGAUAGAUGGAGGGGGGGGGAGAAAGAGACCGUAAUCUGUCAGUGGACUCACUUCAAAGACACACUUCAAAGACCUCAAAUUAACAACAUGCUGAAUUGGAAUUAUGUAAACAAAAUAUGCCUUGAAAGCAUGACUACUAAAAGGUGGUUACAGGCAAAGAGAAAUAACAAUGCUGCGUCUUGCUUUUCAGUCAUGAGUGGCAUAUUCAGUACAGCAAUAUCACAACUUCAGCAACAAUCCCAUAUUUUAAAGUAUGCUUAGGAAUCGUCAAAAUAUCACCAAGCACUGCUUCCCCCAUUCAGGGGCUUCAAACGAAUCACCUUUCGGCGAAAUUCGCCGUUUUGAAUCCAAAAUAGGGGACCUAGCAGCGCGUCCCCUGGCCUGAAGAGUAUCGAAGAGGUAGGUGAGAAACCUGACCAUGGAGAUCGGGGUGAGAAGGUGAUGAAGCAUACUUCAUGAGCAGUAACCGAAAAAGAACUGGCAUUUGGAAAGUUUGAGGUGAGGGAGAAAGUGUGGUGGAACAAGUAUUGUUAGAAUUGUUAAGUAUCAUGCUAGCGUUAGCUGGAUCGAAUGAUCCUUUAGCAAGCCAGAGAAAUGUUGAGCAACAUUGGCCAAUUUAACUGAUCAAAUAAUUGAUUUUAUGGUGUGAAAAUUAGCUGGCUAAUAAAGUCAGACAACGUUACAUCAGAUGAGCUAACGUUAGUAACCUAACCAAUUCGCUAUAGUAUGAACUGGUAACGUUAUACGACUCCUUGCCGAUCCCCAAGUUAUCUUCGAGUUAGUUGCUUACUGGACCCUGGCAAUCUGUGUGAAAUGUUAACUAGAUUACAAACGAACUACUAUAUGUGAACUAAUGUUUUCCCUCUUACAGUAUGUGGUUAAUUUUCAGAAUGAGAGAAUUGGGUGAAAAUGAGGCGUUGCUUGUUAAACAGUUAAAUGGGUCUGCAGCUGGGGCCUGGCUUAAGCUGGAUGCCACUAUAGAGGUGAAGGGAACACCACACCACACCUCGUUCUCACUUGUUCAAUGCAGAUAAAAAGGGGGUAUGCCAGGUGUACUCUCUGCCUGAAAGAGAUCAAUUAUGCCAACAAAUUGUAUCAUUCUCUGCUGACCCUCUGCUGGCACAUUGCAGAACAGAUGUCCUCAGGCAGAAAGUGUACAAUGUAAGUGCAGUGUAGACCAAAGAUAUUGCUUUUGUUGUGUUGAACUUGACAGUAUCACUUGUGUGUGGGUGAGGGGGGAUUAUUCAAUGUUUGACUCUGUGAAUGUUCUUUUUUGCACACCUGUAGCCUUGUGCACUUGAUCUAUGUCUACUCUAAUUCAGAGGGGUUGGGUUAAAUGCAGAAGACACAUUUCAGUUGA